GAAAUCAACACCAAGUUCACCUGAGCACGCAAAUAGGCUUUGUUAGAUCAUGGCAGCUAAGGAAGAAUCGCCUACCAUUCCUAAGCGAAGACAGGAACUGUUGAAGUGGAAUGGCUGGGGCUACAAAGAUUCUAAAUUUAUGAUCAACAAAAAUGGUCAAGUAGAGUUCACUGGUCAGAGGUAUAAGUUGAGUGGUAUGACCAUGCCAGCUAUGAUAGACUGGAUGUCACAAACUAUGGGCAUCACCCUUGACCACAAGUCCCCAGCACAACCUGAUCUCACAGCAGCAGACAUUCCCAAUGCAAUCAGAAAUGAGGCAUUUUUACAAGAUUUGAAGAAAGCAGGAAUUGACUUCUCAGAUGACUGCCAAGACAGGCUGUUCAGAGCUCAUGGCCACACUCUUCAUGAGAUGUUCAUGCUACGCGAGGGAUGCUUUGAGAGAAUUCCUGAUCUUGUGGUCUGGCCUAUGUGUAAUGGCUGCUGUGAGAAAAUUGUCACCUUAGCAACCAAACAUAAUGUAGUCCUCAUCCCAUUUGGAGGUGGCACCAGUGUGUCAGGAGCUUUGGAGUGUCCCAUCAAUGAGAAGAGGAUGAUUGUGUCUGUGGAUACAUCACAAAUGAACAAAAUCUUAUGGAUAGACCCCAACAACCUGACUGUGCAUUGUGAGUCUGGCAUCAUAGGACAGGACCUGGAGAGACAGCUUGCAGAGAAAGGCUACUGUACAGGACAUGAGCCAGACUCCAUGGAGUUCAGUUCACUGGGUGGCUGGGUAGCCACCAGGGCUUCAGGAAUGAAGAAAAAUGUCUAUGGGAAUAUUGAAGAUUUGGUUGUCCAUGUGAAAACAGUGACUCCCAGAGGAGUGAUGGAGAAGAGCUGCCAGGUUCCCAGGAUCUCUGCUGGACCAGACAUCCACCAUUUUAUCAUGGGCUCAGAGGGUACUCUAGGUCUUAUCACAGAGGUGACACUGAAGAUCCGUCCCAUGCCUGAGUGUAAAAAAUAUGGAUCCAUUGUAUUCCCGAACUUUGAAAACGGUGUCAAGUGUUUGAGAGAAGUUGCCAGACAGAGAUGUGCCCCUGCCUCUAUAAGGCUGAUGGAUAAUGAACAGUUUCAGUUUGGUCAUGCAUUGAAGCCUGAGGCCUCUUCCAUCUUCACCAGUUUUGUAGAUGGUAUCAAGAAACUGUACAUCACCAAAAUCAAAGGUUUUGACCCUCACAAACUUUCUGUGGCUACACUGCUUUUUGAGGGAACCAAAGAGGAGGUGGAAGCUUCAGAGAAAAGAGUUUAUGAUAUUGCUGCUAAAUUUGGUGGCAUUGCUGGGGGUGAAGACAAUGGACAGAGGGGCUAUAUGCUCACCUUUGUUAUUGCCUAUCUUAGGGAUCUUGGGUUCGAAUACUAUGUUGUUGGAGAAUCAUUUGAGACAUCAGUACCUUGGGAUAGAGUACUUGAUCUGUGCCGCAAUGUGAAGGACAGGUUGCAGCGGGAGUGUAAGGAGAGAGGGGUACAAUACCCACCCCUCUCCACAUGCAGGGUCACUCAGACCUACGAUACUGGUGCUUGUGUGUAUUUUUACUUUGCCUACAACUAUCGUGGCCUGUCAAAUCCAGUACAGACAUAUGAGGAUAUUGAGACAUGUGCAAGAGAGGAAAUACUGGCCAAUGGAGGCAGCAUUUCACACCAUCAUGGAGUUGGAAAAAUAAGAAAAAGGUGGUUGGAGCGCACAGUGUCCAAAACAGGUGUGGGUAUGAUGAAGGCUGUCAAGGAAUAUAUUGACCCCAAAAAUAUAUUUGGCAGUGGCAAUCUUGUUGGAGAUGCGGAAGGUGACCGUCACAUGACAGCUUCUCAUCACAGUAACACAGUUAUGCAAUCAAAACUGUAGGAGGCAGCACUAGUCAAUAUUUUCAAUCAGAUUAAAAAUUGUUCCAAUUAUUUCAUUCAUAGACAUUAUUUAGUUGAAAUUUUAACUCAUACUUAAUUAUGCCAAAGUUUACAAAAGUCCAAUCCAUUUAUGUUUUUUUUUCUUUUAAUUUGCUUGAACUGUUACAUGCAGUGGAAGUUUAUUUCCAUAUAGUAUACCAUUAUCUUUAAAG